AUGGCAUCCUUCUCCCAUCUCCCGACUGAGCUGGUCGAGCAGAUAGUCUCCUACCUUUGUCAGCACGACAAAUCUUCCUUUUGCCGUCUGAACAAACACCUCCACACCCUGGGUACCCCUUUGCUGUACCGCCACGUCGAUCUCUUCAUACCACCCAGCAAUAGGCUUCCAAGGAUUGAUCACUUCUGUCGAAAUCUCAUCGACGAUAGCCGAAAGGCCAACAAUGUCCAUUCCAUUCGCCUGGGCCUGUCUUCAGACGAAAAUGUUGCCGAGGGUCAGCGAUGGCUGCCUCUGGACAGCCAGUUUGACGACCAAUGCAUGUUCCAAAAAGCCAUGGACGUCUUGAGUAACGAGACGCUGGUGGCUACCGGUGACUAUCUAAAAGAUGCAAUCGGGAUGCGUGAGUACUCUGCUUAUGCAGCGCUUAUUCUCCUGAUGCUUCCGUCACUUCGGCAUCUUCACGUGUCCGACUACAAGUCUGCCACGUUCGACCACCUGCAUACCAUGCUGCGCAACCUAGAUCCCGGAACGAUCUGGAAUCGCCGGUUUGCCUCUGAAGCCCUAGUCAGCCGCUUGUCAUCCAUCAAACGACUGUCUCUCCUCUUUGACAGCAAAAGCGGCGUGGCAUACCGCAAAAAUGACUACUUUGCGCCCGACCAUUUCUUGAACAUACCUUGCACAGAGAUACUCGAAAUUUCCGUUUCGGGCGCAAGGCGGCAUCUGAACAUUGGCAUUCCUCGCACGUUGCCCCUCGUACAACGAGUCAGACCCACGAAUAUUACCACUUUGGUCUUCCGACAUUCUGGGGCUUUUACCGAAAGUCUACUGUCCCUUUUGGAAUGUACACCAAAACUGCGCUCCUUUACCUACGAAUUUUAUUUCGAACGUGACGAAAUGGCUGACCAAACUUGGCACUUGGUUAAUCUAGCCUCUUGGAGCGAUAUUCUACGAUCGCUUGAAGCCACACUUGAGGUGCUCGUCUUCAGCAUCGAGUAUUGCGAUAAAUCCGCCUACUUCUUCAAUCAACCCCGGAUCGGAGACAAGCUGUAUGGAUACCUUGACCUAACCAACUUCUCGCAACUUCAUACCUUGGAAGUCCCUUUUCCCUUCUUGACUGGCGAUGUCGAGUUUUCCAUUGGAACAGAAGUUUACCCUCUAUUCCCACCAAAUCUGCGCCAUCUCACGCUGCGGCCUGACCUCUCGCAUGCCCAACAUCCAUUUCCUUUUGAUCUCUCGAUUCUGUCGACCGGCCUCACAUUCGAAGAGUCAAAACUUGAGGUUCAGUGUCUGAUGAAUGCACGUAUGGACGUGUCGUACAUGUAUCAAACCUCACUCACUGUACUGGAUCUCGCCCCGACUCUUGAAUCAAUAUCCAUAUGGCAGCCCGCUGACCCUUCGCUUGCUUGGUUCGACAGUCAAGUGGAAGACUUUGCAACUACAUGCCGGAACAAGCAUAUCACAGGAAAGAUUCUGACACCAAUGCUGCUGACACGCAAAAAAGCUGCCGAUUGGGACCUUCUGAAGGAGAACACAUUGUUUGAUAAAAACGCUCCAGAGUUUGGGACCGUGAAGAAAUUCUGGAGGGAAGAGUGGGAGGGAAGGCCAGUGGGGCUAGCAAGCCAGUAUCACUUACAUGCGUUGAGAUCGCACCAUGUAAAGCUGUAUCGAUAG